UAGGUGAUUGCUCAAGGUAAACUUGGCUGUGGUGCUAGGAAUCAAAGAGAUGCAAAGAGGUGUUAUUCAGGCAGCACAGCAGGAGAGAGAAAUUCAUGUAAAGAUGUUGAAAAACCGAAAACUAGAGGCAAGGGGACGCUGGGAGAGUAAAAUUGAAUUCCUUCUGGCUGUAGCAGGAGAUAUUGUGGGUCUGGGCAAUGUUUGGAGAUUCCCCUACCUCUGCUACAGGAAUGGAGGAGGGGUGUUUUUGGUGCCCUACUUUGUGUUUGCUGUGACUUGUGGUUUGCCCCUAUUCCUUCUGGAAACUGCUAUGGGACAAUACACACAAGAGGGGGCUAUCACAUGCUGGCAACAUAUCUGCCCACUGGCUAAGGGUGUUGGCUAUGCAGGCCAAGUGAUUCAACUGUAUGGCUGCAUGUGUUACAUCAUAAUCCUGGCCUGGGCAUUGCUCUAUUUGGUCUCAUCCUUCAAGUCUCAGCUUCCCUGGGCCAGCUGUGACAACAUCUGGAACACAAACAGCUGUAUUACUCUUGUAAAUAAUGCCAACUGGACCAGACAGGUCAACUCAACAUCAGCAGCCACUGAGUUUUGGGAGCGAAGAGUGCUUUCUAUCUCCAAAGGUAUUGAUGAAGUAGGUAACAUCAACUGGGAGAUUCUUCUGUGUCUAAUUGCAAUGUGGAUCAUAUGCUAUUUCUCUAUAUGGAAAGGAGUCAAGUCCACUGGGAAGGUGGUGUAUUUCACAGCCACAUUCCCCUAUGUAAUGUUGCUGGUGUUGCUGAUUCGUGGACUGACUCUCCCUGGAGCCAUGCAGGGUGUUAUUUUUUACCUCUAUCCUGACUUCCAGCGACUGUUGGAGCCUCAGGUAUGGAUGGAGGCAGCCAGUCAAAUUAUCUACUCUUAUAGUACAGGUGUGGGAAUAUUGACUGUGCUAGGCAGCUUCAACCAAAGCAGCAACAACUGCUACAGGGACUGCUUUUGGCUGUGUCUGCUAAACAGUGGUACCAGUUUUGUAGCAGGCUUUGCAGUGUUCUCAGUUCUGGGUUUCAUGGCUCAUGUGCAAGGUGUUCCGAUUGAGGAUGUGGCAGAGUCAGGUCCUGGCCUAGCUUUUGUAGCUUAUCCUCAAGCUGUGGCGUUGAUGCCUUUGCCUCAGCUGUGGGCUGUGUGCUUCUUCAUUAUGAUUAUUCUGCUUGGUCUGGAUACACAGUUUCUUGCAAUGGAGGUCAUCGUUACAUCAGUGACUGACGUGUUUCCAAAAGUGCUACGUAGAACUGGAUGCCGAGAAAUCUUCCUGCUUCUUUUCUGUAUUGUCUGCUUCUUCGGUCAAUUGAUCAUGGUCACAGAGGGUGGUAUGUACGUGUUUCAGCUGUUUGACUACUAUGCCUGUAAUGGAGCCUGCAUCUUCUUCCUUUCUGUGUUUCAGUCUCUGGCUGUGGGCUGGGCCUUUGGGGCUGAACGAAUGUCUGAAGUCAUUGAAGACAUGACAGGAUCAUACCCCCAUGUCAUCUUUAGGCUGUGCUGGAAAUACAUUACCCCAUUUCUUUUUCUGGUAUCUUUCAUAUAUUCUUUGGUGGAGUACCAGCCUCUGACGUUUAACCGCUGGUAUGUGUACCCAGCCUGGGCAUAUGGGUUGGGCUGGCUGAUGGUCCUCUCCUCCAUCCUGCUGGUUCCUGCAUGGGCAUUGGGCUGCUUAUGGAAAGCAAAAGGCAACCUCAGGCAGCGCUGGUGUCAACUUUGCAGUCCUCCAAGCAACUUACCUUUGACCCAGAAGCAGAGAACUAAAAGGCAGUUAAUGACAUCAGCUGUUUGACAAAGUUAGCAGCACUCAGGAACAUAAACUAUACAAUAUUGAACAAAUAGUGCCAUUGUCUUUUCACAUACAAAUGGAAAAAAAUAUAUUUGCUAAUUUUAUAAAUAGAAGACAAAUAAUACUCUGAAUGACCAGGACUCUGUCUGAUGGAACAUGUUUAUUCUGUGCAAAUUAUGAAACAGUUUACUGCUACAUGAAACAAAUUUGAAUUUCUUGAUGAUAAGGGGGAAAAAAAAAAAAACUACUGUGACCUGAAAGACUAUAAAUAAGUUAACCCAUCUGUGCCAACAUUGAAUGCCUGCCAACUUUAUUAGCUUGUAAGAAAACAGAUUGUAAUUGCACAAGUGCCUUAAUCACAGUAGUCAGGACAAAGCCAUGUGCUGAUGAAACACAAGACCUUGCUGUGACCUUGACCCUGUUAAGCUCAAUUUCAAAAGCGAAUCAGUCUAUCUGCUGAUGACAACAAUAAGUAUAAAUCCUAUGAACCAAACACUUGUUCUUGAAUGAUCUCACUAACGAGAAUCUUAGACAGGUAUAUGGUCAGAUAGAUGGAUGGACAACCUGAAAAUAUAAGAAUGAGCCCCCCUCAAGAAAGUGAACUAACAAUGCUUUCAACCUUUUGGUCUUGCAAUUUUGCAUUUGUAAUUUGUCAGAUAUUGGCUUUGCUGGUCAGGUAAAGCACUCAUUUAAUUUAAGAUAUAAUAUAAAAUAAAAAGUUCUGCAAGUCACCA